AGCUACUUGGGAGGGGGGUUACUUACCCGCAACAACCACCAAGGCAGCAGCGGGCUUAUCACGUGAGUCGAAAGGUUAGGGUUGUGUCGGCGCACUUCAGUCCUUUGACCUAUCCUGAGCCCGACAAAAUUACCUUUACCUUCGACUUACAACAAAGAUCUCCAGGAGAGCUGGGAACCUAUGCUUGAUCAUGUCAAGACUAUCUCUGAUAGUAUACAGAUCGCAAAUGGUAUCCUCUCUCUACACUGAGUAUUCGACCAGAGCGGAUGCUAGCUGCGCUAGAUCCAACCCUUUUCGCUACAGACCUUGCUGACUUUUUAGUCAGAAAGGGUAUGCCUUUUCGCGAAACACAUCAUAUUUCAGGACAAGUAGUCGCGAAGAGUGAGGAGUUGGGUAUUCCAAUGGAUAAGCUCUCACUUGAACAACUCAAGGCCAUUGGUAAUCGAUUUACAGAGGAGAUUAUGGAUAUAUUCAACUAUGAGAAAAGUGUUGAAUCGAGAUCAGCUAAAGGUGGUACUAGUCGGUCAAGUAUUCUAGAGCAGAUUGAAGUCCCGAGGGCUCUGUUAAGUUAGGCAUUUGAUGCUACAGUCGCUACAAUGAUGAUAUUAUGAAGCAAUUGAUGAAUUAGAAGUACUCUGCCAG